AUGAAGUUGCUGGAUCUUUGGAUAUCUAUUGCUUUGGCUUCUGUCACGAUUGAUCUUUAUUGAGGGUCAUUGAGAUAUAAUAAUAAACUAGAUGAAUGAAAAAGCAACUCACAGCUCUCCAAUUUAAAAAAAUCUUUUGAUCAAUCUAAUUCAAAUUUUCAAAGUGUAACCAAUAAUUUAGGAAUUUUAUUACACAGAACUGUCCUUACUCUCUCCACUUUAAAUUGGAACGAAAAAUCUUGUUCCAAUUUAAAGCUGGGAUAAUUUUUCUUUGAGGAAAAAUAAUAUUUAUAUAUUUUUUUAAAAUUUUUAAAAUCUUGAAAAAAAUAUAUUGUGAGUACAAUAAUUCAUUUUUAUAAAGAAAUAUUAAAAAAAUUAAUCGAUUCAGAUUAUUUAAAUAGCAAUCUACUUGCACUUUUUCCAUUAAAGCAAUUCAAAAUUAAUUUUAUUAAUAAUUAGAAUUUUAAUCUUUUGUUUUGUUAAAUUUGUUUUUUUAUAAUUUUAAGAAAUAUAAAUUAAGAAUAAUAGUUUGAAUUUCAUUUUAUCUAUUAAAUAAGGUUAAAUCUAAUUUUAUAAAAAAUUAAUUUUUUCACCAUUAUUAUUUUUAAAAAACUUUUUAAAUUUUUAAAGGGAUAAAUUGAGCAAUAGUUUGAAUUUUAAUUUAUUUUUAUGAAAAUAAAAUAAAAAAAUUAAUCGAUUCAGUACCAUACUACUUUCUUUUUAUUCCAUUAAAUUAGGCCUAUAAACAUUUUUAUUUUCACCUUUAACAUUUUUUAUAAAAUUAUAAAUUGAGUGCAAUAAUUUUAAUAAAGAUAUAAAGUAAAAAAUAAUCUGUUUAAAUAGCAUCCUACUUGCAUUUUAUCUAUUAUUAGGUAAAAAUAAUUUAUAAAAAUUAGUAUUUUCAUCAAUAAAAUUUCCUAUUGAAAAAUAAAUUUAUUCCAAUUUAAAGCAGUGUUAAGUACCCAAAAAAUGCAAAUUUUACCUAUGUUUUGUUCCAAUUUAAAGGGGGGAAUUAGGAACACCACUACAAGAAUUUACUUUUCUAAUUAAUAUAAACACAGAAUGGACUUGGGUUGAAGAUUUUGAAUCUAAAAAUUACCUCGGUAAGCAUCAAUUCAACUCAAAGCUAUCCUCAAGUUUUUCAAAUUCAACUGAUAGGAAAGUUCUGAAAAGUCUCGAGGGAGAAAUCAGUGGGUAUAAAUGCACUGAAAAUUUAGCAAUAAACAAUUUUCUUAUUCAGAAUCAAUCAUUUAUUUUAGUUGACUAUCAUUCUGGCAUAAAAGGGAUCUCAAAAGACGGAGUUUUUGGGUUAGGGGUUGAUUCAUCAAGCGAAGAGGGCUCUUAUAUACAUGCAUUACAAAAGCAAGGGAAAAUUUCACGGAAGCAGUUUUCCUUAUAUAUUGCAUCCUCAGAAUGAAAUUUGCCAAGCUCAAAUCUGAUAAUUGAUGGAGAUAAUCUUUUUAAAUACUCAUCAGAAAGUGCUUUUACAUAUAUUAGCCUCACAAAUUCAAGCAGAUUUUGAGAAGUUCCGUGCGAUUCUGUGACAUUUGGAGGUGCAGUUUAUUUAGAAGCUAAUAGAACAAUUUUUGAAACAGUAUCUAGCAUGAUUGCUGGACCAGAGACUGCUAUUUCUGAUAUUUUAAAAACUUUAUCAACAGAAUAUGGAUGUGAAACAGACAGCUUCGAAAAUUAUAAAUGCGGCUGUGAAGAUAAAUAUCCCGAUAUGACUUUUUAUUUUGAAGGUCAUGGUUUUACUAUUAAAUACACCGACUAUUUGAAGGAAAUUGAUGGAGUUUGCUACCCGAUAUUCAAGCAUAGCAGUGAUGCUCAAUAUUGGAGUUUAGGAACGAAUUUUAUGAAGAGAUUUUAUAUCAGCUUUGAUCUGGAUAAAAAGCAGGUUGGAUUGGCAAAAGCUAGACUUCUUAAAGCUUCUGCUAAAGUAAAUGCUCCUCCUAUCUCUAAAAGUUCUGCAAGUGAUCAGCAAGAAGCAAACAUCACUGCAGCUAAUACGAACCAAGUAUCUGCUGCUGCAAACUCUACAACAAAUUCUGGAUCUUCGAACUCAAGUGACUUAUCAGCAGGUGAGAUAGCUUUAAUAGUUGUUUUGCCUUCAGGAGUUCUUAUCAUUCUAUUCUUUAUUAUCAAGUUUUUAUUGUGGAGAAGGAGUCUGAGGGAUCAAGAAGAGGAAGCUAAAAUUGAGAAGCCUGCUAUUAAUAAAAGUGAGGAGCCUGCUAGCAUAAAAGAAGAAAAAGAGGUCUUUGCUUCAGAAUCUAAUGAAUUUGAGACUUCUCAUCUUAGUUUUGAUAUUGGGAAAGAAUUCUCAAAAGAAAGUGAGAUCUAUGAAAAAGAAAAUAUCCAUAGAUUUGCCAUAAUUAAGACUGAUCAUGACCAAGAGGAAAGCUCUGACAAUGAGUAA